AAAAAUUUUACGCUCAUGAAAGUAUUAUUUUUUUUAAUUCUUUUACUGUGUGUGGUUUCAUCACCAAAAUAUUUUACCUCGGGGAGUCCCAAAGGGUCCAACAACCAACUUGUCUUUUCGGCAUGUUGGCAAUUCUCUUUCAGGGCAGAGCGUCAUUCCCCGCGCGAGGCUCGUGGUGAAUUUGGUUGUGUUUACAUUUUGGUUAUAUCCAUUGUAGGAUGGAAAAGUGUCGCUGGUUUACCAUUUGAAGACACUGAAGAGAGUCGUGUGUUUGAAAUCAGCUGUUCUUUAUGUGUGUUGAGUGUUUCAACAAACUAUCAACUUCAAAUGGCAUCAUCAACUGUCAACAAAAAAGUCUAUGGAGGUGGUAGCGCAUUAAGGACAGGUGGAAUAGUGGGGGCUGUAGUACCUCCCAAGAAGAAGGUAGACAAUUUUCCUCUCAUGUCCUAUGUUGCCAACAAUUGUUCAUUUUCGGAUAAAGGUGAAGAUUCUCAAGAAGAUGAAGAAGUUUUAAAGUCCUAUAAUGAUCAACGUGUGAAUGAAUUACUUCGUGAAGCAGCAAAAAGGAGUAAUGCAGUUUCUUCUGAUGAUUCUGAAGAUAGGAAAAAGGCAUUAGAAUUAUUACAUUCUAUGGAAUGGUCGAAGAAUCAAGAAGAGACUUGGAAAGUUGUCAAGCCAAAGAAAGAAACAGAUUAUGGUGGCUUCCUGCACGCUUUGAAACCCAAACGCAAUGAAAAAGAGGAUGAAUAUUUCAGUGGGUGUAAUAAAGUGAAAAAGCCAAAAGAACGUAAGCGCAGUAGGUCUGUGUCUGAAGUUGUUUUCCUUGAAAAUGGAAAGCUUGUUGCCAAAAAUAAUCCAAGUCAUGAACUGCCAAUUCAGUUAAAUCAUCCUCCCCCUCCCAGACCAGUUACUCCAAGAGUUCCAUCUUAUGGGUUACCUUUCACUCCAGGGCCCCCACCAUCAACUGCUAAUAACCCAUGGUUACAAAAAAGUGGAUCAACUCUUUUUUCUGAUGUCCGAAGUAAUACCAUUGUGGCAUAUGGCAUUAAUUGUGAUGAAGAUGAAGCAAUGGCCAUGGCUAUUGCAGAGAGUAUCCGUACAGCAAAACAAGAACAAGAAAGGAUUAUGCAUUUUGUGAAUCCAUCUAGUGGACUAACUCUUCCCAAGAGUAAUGAUGUUCCCACCGUUCAAGUUCAAUCCAUUAAGCCCAUUGCUGCAUAUUGUGAGGACAAAGAAAAUUAUCAGACUGCAGUGACAAAAACACAAAGCAGUGAACAAGCUGCUGUAAAGCUCAAUAAUGCUCUACCUGCAAGAGUUAUGUCAGGAAAUCUCACUCAAGACCAAUAUGCUGAUACUGAUAACAGUUCUUGGGGUAAAACAAAGAUGGAAACUAAAAGUCCCAACUUGAGUCAAAGAUCUAAGUAUGCUGACACCCAGAUACCUACCAAGCCAAGAGAAAAUUAUCAGACUACAGUGAUAAAAACACAAUGCAGUGAAGAAGCUGCUGCAAAGAUCAAUAAUGCUCUACCUGCAAGAGUUAUCUCAGAAAAUCUCGCCCAAGACCAAUGUGCUGAUGCUGAUGACAGUUCUUGGGGUGAUACUAAAAUGGAAACUAAAAGACCCAACUCAAGUGUAAGAUCCAAGUCUGCUGAUUGUGCCCAGAUACCUCCCAAGCCCCUCAUCUACUUGACCACCACCACUGACCAUGCUGACCAGAAGAAAAACAUAACAUCAGAUCUUGGCAAUAAAGAGACAAAGUAUUCUGAUUCUUGGAAUUCUGCUGAACAGAAACAUCUGGACAGUUUACCACAGAGUUCUGAAAUAAGUGCAUUUAAGAAAAUGCUUAUGAACCAUCAAACAAAUGAGGAAAUGGAUUGCAAAACUCCAAUGAACACAAGUUUUGAUUCCAAAAAAAUUACAUCUGCAAGGGAGGAAAGCACUGUUAAAUGCUAUGACGCUCAGAAAGUUGAUGAUGGCAAGACUUCAAGUGGGAUAAACCAUGGCCCAAUGCCUUUCUCUCUGACCAUGUCACAGACUACCAAUUCUGUACAGAAGCUUGGAUUGAAACCAGACCACAUUAGUGACAAGGCUGCUAUUACAAACAAAAUUUCUGAAGCUAAACAAUUGAGGUAUGAGCGGGAAAGUAUUAAUCCAGAGGAAAAUCAGUAUUUGCGAACUACCUCACUAAAUACCAAGAACCAUGACAAUGAAUUAGCUACUUCUGCUGAGGAUUCUUCCCACAGCAGUAUUUCUAGGCCAUCCAGAUUACCAACAUCAAUGCCUUCUCUGAUGUCAUCUGUGAAACCAUCAAUUCAGACAAGCAUGGAAACUAAACCUCAAGUCACUGAUCCUUCUGUCAAUGGCAGGCGUCACACGAGCUUUGUUAUCCACAGUGAAAUACCUGGUAAACCAAGUAGUACUAGGCCACCCACAUGGUCUCCAGCUGAUCAAGUAGAUUUAUCAGCUGGAGCAGUAUUAGAGCCACCACCAAUUCAGACUGUUGAACAAACAAUGCUCAAAGAACUCCCUCAGAACAAAGUCAGCCCCUCACCUGCCCAGCAAGCUCAGCAAGUGCAGCCGCCGUAUCAGCAACCAUCAAUACCUCCAGUUUUGCCCUCUCUGAACCCAUUAGCUUCCAUGGCACCCAACAAGCUGCCUGAAAUGCCACAAGCACAAGAUAUGGCAAACCUCAUGGCUGCCCAGAUACAGAUGCAGAUGCAGAUGAUGCUUAUGCAGCAGUCAAUGGGAUUCAUACCACCAGUUCUGCCCACAGAUCAGAAUAUGGCGGGUGUGAAUAAGACUCAACAACAAUCACAAUGUGGAGCUCAAAAUCAGAUUCAAACUGGAAAUAACAUAUCUUUUCCUGGCUCCCUCAAUCCGUCACUGGGGGGUGUUAACGGAUUGCCAAGCGCAAAUGUGCCAGGAUAUCCUGUUGGUCACCUUGGGGGCAUUCCUGGGCUACCCAAUCUCCUGCCACCCAGUCUACCAAAUUCUCUGCAGGCAAACAUGCUUGGAUUGCCAAAUGGAUUUCCUACAGGCUUUCCUAUGAUGCCUAACCCAAUGCCUGGUGCCCAAACUGGAUUACCCCCUAUGCCUGGGCUGCUAAAUAACUAUCCAAACAACAUGCUAGGGCUUCAAGGCAAUCAGGCAGGAUUUCAAAAUAUGGUCCCUCCUGACCCUCUAGGGUCCAUGAAUGCCUUUUCCAACGGAUUUCCUGGUCAUCUUGGUUAUCCAAACAUCAUGCCAGGAAUGCAAACCCAUCAAAAUAAACCGUCUAUCCCUGGUAUGAUAAACGGUAAUAGUUUCAAUGGAAUGGCAAGUUUUGUUGAACCUGGAAAUGUUCCUUUAGUAUCUGGUAAAGGAAGAGGUCGAUUAGCUAGAAACCUUGAUUCUUAAAAAAUUACUUCCUCACAGUUGUAUGAUUUUCAUAUCUUGACAUUGAAGCAUCACUAAUCGUUGGUUUUCUUCUAUUUUGUAUGUUUGAAGAAAGUGUUCAGUUUCACUUCUAUCAAUAAUCAAGUUCCUUUAUAAUAGAACUUAAACCUCUAUUAUUUACUGAUAGGGAAAAUAUCAUUUAGUUUUUUAUUGCUCUCUAAAACUGUUCUUGUUUUUGUUUAAGAUAGUAAAGUAAGUCCAUGAUUUUGUAAGUGGUAAAGCAUCCAUAUCUAAGUUUUAAGACUUUCUAUUGGGAAGUACACAAUUUUUUGUCUUAUUUCAUAUUGGAUCCAACCUUCUCGUAUAUCUUUGCCUUACCAUGUUAGUUUUCUGUUUUGUUCAUCUAACUUGGGUAGAUAGGAGAGUUCUUAUGACCUUGUUUGUUUUUCCCCCCCUUUUUUUUGCCAAUAAAUAUGUACUUUGUCAAAGG